UUUGCUUCUUUAUAACACAUCAUCUUAUCCCAUUCCUAACUUUACAAUUCACGUGUGACUUAUCCCAACUCUGGGCAUAUAUAUAGGGACUGUUUGACCUCCAUUGGCCUCUUCCCUUUCUUCUUAUCACCACACUCCUUUGCCCCGCCACUUGCACAUCGUCUUUCAUUAUGGAAGCUAUCAAGCAGACCUUCGCGAAGUGCAAAGCGCAGAAGCGCGCGGCCCUUGUGGCCUACAUUACCGCAGGAUACCCCACCUUGGAGGAGGCUGUUGAUAUCCUCCUUGGCCUCGAGAACGGCGGUGCCGAUAUCAUCGAGCUUGGCAUUCCCUUCACAGACCCCAUCGCGGAUGGCCCCACCAUUCAGACCGCUAACACAAAGGCCCUUGAGAAUGGUGUCACCCUCACUACUGUUCUCGAGCUUGUCCGCACUGCCCGCCGCCGUGGUCUGCGGACCCCUCUGAUGCUCAUGGGUUACUUCAACCCUGUCCUCAAGUAUGGCGAGGAGCGUAUGCUCCGUGACUGCAAGGAGGCUGGUGUCAAUGGUUUCAUCAUGGUUGACUUGCCCCCGGAGGAGGCUGUCCGUUUCCGUGACCUCUGCUCUAGCGCUGGUCUCUCAUACGUUCCCCUCAUCGCCCCUGCCACCUCCGAUGCUCGCAUGCGUCUCCUCUGCAAGAUCGCAGACAGCUUUAUCUAUGUGGUUUCCCGCAUGGGUGUGACCGGUGCUACCGGCUCAUUGAGCGCAAACAUCCCCGAACUCCUGCACCGCGUCCACGAAUACUCCGGCAACGUCCCUGCUGCAUUGGGAUUCGGUGUCAGCACCCGUGAGCACUUCCUGUCCGUCCAGGAGCAGGCUGAGGGUGUUGUCAUUGGCAGCCAGAUUAUCACUGUUGUUGGCAAGGCCCCUGCUGGGCAGGCUGCCAAGGCUGCCGAGGAGUACCUCUCCAGCAUUACCGGACGCAAGCGUGAGCGUGAUGCUACCGGUGCUUUCACUCGCGAGAUCAAUGUACUCGAGGCCAUUGAGAAGGCCCAGCCUUCUACUCAGGUCCAGGCCACCAAAGUCAUCACCGACGCCGAUACCCCCGCCGGACCUGGUCUUGCUGACCAGAUCGAGGCCCUCAACGUCACAAAGGACGCAUCUUCUCAGCCCUCGCGCUUCGGCGAGUUCGGCGGACAGUAUGUCCCCGAGUCCCUUAUGGAUUGCUUGGGCGAGCUCGAGCGUGGCUUUGACGUCGCCAACAACGACCCCAAGUUCUGGGAAGAAUUCCGCUCGUACUACCCUUACAUGGGCCGCCCCAGCAGCCUUCACAUGGCCCAGCGUUUGACUGACCACGUUGGCGGUGCCAACAUUUGGUUGAAGCGUGAGGAUCUGAACCACACCGGUAGCCACAAGAUCAACAAUGCUCUUGGACAGAUUUUGAUUGCCCGUCGCCUGGGCAAGACCCGCAUCAUUGCCGAGACCGGUGCUGGUCAGCACGGUGUUGCUACCGCCACAGUUUGCGCCAAGUUUGGUAUGGCUUGUACCGUUUUCAUGGGUGCCGAGGAUGUGCGUCGCCAGGGUCUCAACGUCUUCCGUAUGAAGCUCCUUGGCGCUUCCGUCAUUGCUGUCGAGGCUGGAAGCCGCACCCUUCGCGAUGCCGUCAAUGAGGCUCUCCGCGCCUGGGUCGUCGAGCUCGACACUACUCACUACAUCAUCGGGUCCGCUAUUGGUCCUCACCCAUUCCCCACUAUCGUCCGUACCUUCCAGUCUGUGAUCGGAAAUGAGACCAAGGAGCAGAUGCAGGCCCAGAUUGGCAAGCUCCCCGAUGCUGUCAUUGCCUGUGUUGGCGGUGGUUCCAACGCAGUCGGCAUGUUCUACCCCUUCUCCAACGACCCCAGCGUCAAGCUCAUCGGCGUCGAGGCUGCCGGCGAUGGCGUUGAUACCAACCGCCACUCUGCCACCCUCUCGGGCGGCUCCCACGGUGUCCUGCACGGCGUGCGUACCUACGUCCUGCAGAACGAGCACGGUCAAAUCUCGGAGACCCACUCGAUUUCCGCCGGUCUUGACUACCCCGGUGUCGGCCCUGAACUCAGCAACUGGAAAGAUUCCAACCGCGCUACUUUCAUCUCCGCCGAUGAUAGCCAGGCUCUCGCUGGCUUCCGUGCUCUCGCCCAACACGAGGGUAUCAUCCCCGCCCUGGAGUCCUCGCACGCCGUCUGGGGUGUGAUGCAACUCGCUAAGACAAUGGGGAAGGGCCAGGACAUCGUUCUCAACCUGAGUGGUCGCGGUGACAAGGAUGUGCAACAGGUCGCCGACGAGCUUCCCCGAUUGGGCCCCAAGAUCGGAUGGGAUCUGCGCUUCUAAGCGCUUUCCUUUGUUUCUAAGUGCUUUUUUGCAUGUGGAUGAAACAUCCUCACUGUUCCAUAUUUCUUUUUUUUCGGUCCUCUGUCUCGCCAGAGAGUUUCAUGAUUCCUUGAUGCUUUUAUGCUCUACAUUGCGGGAUGGUCAUGAAAAGCGUUUUUUUCUAGCUGGCUUUUUUCAUUCUUUUGGGGAUUUAUGCUUUUUGGAUAAAAGUAAAGGAAUACAAAAAAAUACAUUGAUAUCCCCUUUUCGGUCUUGUUUUUCUUCAUUUUUCUCCAGGGC